UAAGACCCACGAUUGGAGGGGGAUGUUUGGGGCCAGGUUGAGAAAUUUAUUCAGGAUCUCCAUCUGCGACGCUAUCUUAACCAUGCGACUUUUCUUCUUCAUCGUCAAAGCUGCAACACUUUCCUUUACCUCACCAAAUGCAACUCCAGAACCGGAAAACGCCGUCUUGACUCUUCUGACCUUGUCGAGUGUUGUUAAGAAAUCGGUCCUACCAAGGUCACCCUCCUCGCAGUCGCUCCUGUUGAUACCUCCCGUAUGGUCGGAUACAACGGCUCCCUAUCCACUAUCGAAAUCGCCAACCAGGUCUCGCAAUGCAAGGACCUGGGCGUGAAAGCAAAUGUAUCAUGUGCUGCAGCCGUGGUUGAUCUUUGCUAUCAGCACAGACAUCGGAGACUGACGCACAUUAUGAACCCAAACGAAGAGCUAAAAAUGACUCCUUGGACACAUCCAGAAAUGAAACGCUUCCGGUCGACGACACUCAUGGUGCUUACUGGACGACCUUUGUUGCCUUCAUACGCACCUAUUUGCUCCUCCAUCCUUCCUGUAUUGAACAAAACGAGCGCCAACGUUCACUUUUUUUCUUUACCUUGGUCGCUGACAACGGGAAACCAGUCAUGGAAACCUGGAUUCUGCCGCCCUACAUUUACCUCCUGGCAUGCCCGUAACUCUCCUCAACCAUACCAUUCUCACAUCGCCAUGGAGCAGCCGUGAUGCCAGAUCUUGCUGUGGGUUGGUGCAAGGAAGGGUGUUGGAAGGCACGUUUCUCGUAAAAAUUCUGCCUUCAAAGCACGAGCAGCGCUUGAAGUUUCUUAUUCUGUGGGGGCAUCG